UGGGGAGAUGCACCUGAGGGAGGGCUCGGCUUGGCCCGCCCCUGGUUAAUGUGUCAGCGGGUGCCUCCAGGGGCCCUGCGGCUAGGCCAGGGAGCCCCGCCGGUGAGUGAGGAGCGCGGCUGGGCACAGCCCGAGGACGGCGUAGGCCAGCUGCCCAGCCCCCGCCCAGGCUGGGAGAUGGACCAGCAGCUACGAGAGCGGUGGCUGCAGGAGGAGCGGGAGUAUCUGCAGAGCAUGGCGAGGCGGACAGGCACGCAGGAGCAGGGCGGGGCACGAGAGGACCCCAGAGGCGGCGUGAGCAGGGAGCUCGCAGACCAGGCUGAUGCCAAUGGCGGACGGAGGCCGAGCAGGGCCCAGCCCAUUGUCCCCGAGCCUCUUGCUAGUGACGAGGCCCUGCAGGUGCCCCACGUCCCUAAGUCACCCAGGGACCGCAGCCUGAUUGCAGGGGCGGUGGAGCGGAAUGACUUCCUGCGGCUCCUGGGCGAGGGCCAGGCAGACGCCCUGGUGCAGAGCUUCAUGCCUGCCUGGCACGGCCCGGGGCACACGGUGCUGGCCGAGGGCGCCGACGGCGACGCCAUGUACAUCGUCGCUGAGGGGGAGCUGAGUGUGACCCAGCGCGGCUGCCCCCUCCGCACGCUGCUGCCGGGGGAUGUGUUUGGGGAGCUGGCGAUCCUCUACCACUGCAAACGCACGGCCACCGUCACAGCACUCACCCAGGUCCGGCUCUGGGCCAUCGACCGGCAGACCUACCGCACCAUCGUCACCAGCCAGGCCAAGCGCCGGCGGGCCGAGAUCCUGGACUCCCUCCGAGAGGCGCCAUCGCUGCAGGGCCUGGCGGACGCUCAGCUCUCCAAGCUGCUGGACUCCAUGGAGGAGUGCACAUUCGCUCAUGACGAGGUGAUCGUUCGCGAAGGGGACGAGGGGAAUAACUUCUACAUCAUCCUGAGAGGAGAGGUUCGGGUCAGCAGGCAUGUGCAGGGGCGGGAGGAGCCGAUCCGGGUGCUGCGAGCCGGCGAGCACUUCGGGGAGCUGUCGCUGCUGCGCAACAUCCGCCGGACGGCCACCUGCCGGGCGCAGGGGGAGGUCGCCUGCAUCACCGUCACCAAGGAAGACUUCCAGGAGAUCUGCCCCUUCUGCCCCACGCCCAGGCAGCUCUCAGAGCCAGACGUGGCCAUGCUGGAGGUUCCCUCCCUUCCUGAGCCCGGACGCGCCCCGGGCCCCGAGACCGGCCCGGCUCCGCUGCGGCUCCAGGACCUGGCGGCCGUGCGCUACGAGGACGGGCAGCACCAGGGGCUCCCUGUGGUCCUGGGCACCGGCGGCUUUGGCAGAGUUGAGCUGGUGCGCGGGCGGGGGCAGCUCUUCGCCCUGAAGCGGAUCCGCAAGGAACACGUGGUGCGGAGGCGGCAGCAGGAGCACGUGUGCACGGAGAAGCGGGUGCUGGAGCGGAGCCGCUGCCCCUUCAUCGUGGGGCUCUUUGGCACCUUCAGGGACAGCCAGGACGUCUACAUGCUGCUGGAGUUCUGCCCGGGGGGCGAGCUGUGGGCCAAGCUGCGUGAGGUGCGCUGCUUCGAGGAGGAGGUGGCCGUGUUCUGCUCAGCCUGCGUGGUGGAGGCACUCGACUACCUGCACGGCAACGGGAUCGUGUACCGGGACCUCAAGCCCGAGAACCUGAUGCUGGACAAGCAGGGCUACAUCAAACUGGUGGAUUUCGGCUUUGCCAAGGAGCUGGAGCGGGGGGAGAAGACCUACUCGUUCUGUGGCACGCCCGAGUACCUGGCACCUGAGAUCCUGCGGCACGAGGGCCAUGACUUCGCCGUCGACUUCUGGAUGAUGGGCAUCCUCAUCUUCGAGAUGCUGGUGGGCCGGCCCCCGUUCCACAGCGCGGAGCCGCAGAAGAUCUACAGCAAGAUCCUGGACGGGGUGUUCUCGUUCCCGGCCUACGUGAGCGAGGCCGCCUGCUCCCUGGUCUCCAAGCUGUGCCGGCUCCGGCCGGGACAGCGCUUGGGGAACACCAGCACCGGCAUCCGCGGCAUCAGGAAACACAGGUGGUUUGGCUCAGUGAAGUGGAAGCGUCUGGCCCUGCGGCAGGUCGAUGCUCCUACCCUGGCGCUGAUGAAGCAGGGCCCGCCCUACGCCAACUUCAAGCACGUCUCGGAGGACUGGCCGCCGGGCGAGGAGGAGUUCUCGGGCUGGGACCAGGAUUUCUGAGCGGCCGUGGGGCCCACGCCAGCAGCACCCCAAGGACGCGCUGCUGGUGGCUGCUGCCCUGGUGCGGAGCUGGGCACGUGCCCGCGGGAGGACAGGGCCCUGGGCUGCCCCCCCGGGCACGGGGCCCCAGCCCGGCAGACCCGCUGGCAGGGAGCGGAGGGCCCUGGGCCUGUGCCUGAAAGCGGCUGCAUGAGGGUGCAGGGUGCCAGGCCGGCGCUCCGGCCACCCUGGGGUGUGGCCAGCAGGGGCCGGCUGUGGGAGCUGCACCGGGCCUGGCCCCACCGGGCUGUGGGCAAUAAAGCCACUGCAGGCCCCUGUGUGACGCCAUGCGGCCCGGUGCUGGUCUCUGCAGCGCUGCCCGUGGGCAUGGAGGGAGCCCCGGCGGUGCCCGGGCAGGGGACGAGGCUGCAGCUGCUCGCGGGGCCCAGGGGCUCGGGCCCGGGCCAACGGGCGGGUGGCGCUGACGUGCGCCGGUGUGACGAAGUGGGACUGUUCGCACUGGGGGCUGGGUACAGUUCCUAAGUAUCUAGCAGCAAAAGGCCACGCAGCCAAAUGCCUGACACUCUGUCUCCUAGCAACUGAUGGCCCGGCC